AUGCUGGGCCAUGACUUAACUAAAAAAAUUGCCGCAUCAGUCGCACAGCACCAAGUUGACUGCUUCAUCAAACAGUCUGACUCUGGUUACCACACAAUGGUCAAGUUUUACACUAUUGAAAUGAUGAUGGUUCAUGGAAAUACAUCUACAGCAGAGUCAUCUGACAAAGAAACUUCUACAUCAACACCGUCAAAGGCAACCGAUCCAAGUCUCUUCAGCCCAACACUUAAAAAUGUGCUCGAGUCCGUCGCCAUGAAAAUUGAAAAAUUUCCAACUGUGCUCACUCCAGAAAGCUCAACCAAAAAACACAUCAAUUUCGACAGCCAUCAAGUCACCGCACAAACAAGCAGCUCAACUACAACGCAAUCAUCAUCACAGUCAACCCUUUAA